AUAUAAAUAAGACGUUUGAGGGAGUUUUGACACUAUUGACUUGUUUCCUCUGUCCCUCGAUUUAUCUUUGCAGCUGAACGCGUGAACUCCGUUUCCAGCAUAGAGAAAAUGGCUUCAGGCGGAGCAGCUCCUCAAAGAGGAAGUGCAGCAGCGACUGCAAGCAUGAGAAGAAGGAAGACACCCGGUGGCGGGGCAUCUGGAGGAGCUGCAGGGACUAUGCUUCAGUUUUACACUGAUGAUGCCCCUGGACUCAAGAUAUCCCCAAAUGUGGUUCUUGUGAUGAGCAUUGGCUUUAUAGCAUUUGUUGCCAUCCUUCAUGUGAUUGGUAAGUUGUACUUGCGUAAGGAGGCUUAGAGAAUACAAUAUGAAGUUAGGUUCGUUUUGGGGAUAAUUUUUUUUUAACAGUAUGUUUUGAGGAUUUUAAUAUAUACACAAUGUUAUGAAUUCAGAUUAUCUGUUACUUGAUACAAUCAUUCUUCUGGGAAUUUAUUUCUUCUUUUUUAUGGUACAA